AGAUACAGUGAAUACGGAUACAUAUAUAGAAAUAUACUCAAGGAAUCCUGUCUCCACACUUUAACAGAAAAACAUGGCCGGUGGAGGAACGCGCAUAAUAUUAGGUUUACUGGUAUUCUCCAUAAUCCUGCUGGUCUAUUUAAACACCAGAAGUGAACCACUGACGCAUAACAAACGUGCAGUUAGCAUUGGAUGUCUCAACUCGUCUUUGGUUUGUGGGCCAAAUGCAUAUUGUUACAAAAACAGUGGAAAGUACUCCUGCUCUUGUUGGAGUGGAUAUAAUGUUACAAAGAUGAAUGAAUCUGUCAACAACAAUAACCCAUGCACUGAUGUGGAUGAAUGUCAGCUGUAUCCACCUGUUUGUGGUCCAGACUCCAUCUGCACAAAUGUAAAUGGAGGUUACGAUUGCUCAUGGGAAUAUAUGGAUGAAUGUGUUGAGAUUCCUGAGAUCUGUGGUCCAAACUCAAUCUGCAUCAACACUGCUGGGAGUUUUGAGUGCUCGUGUAUGAGUGGAUAUAAAGUAACAGAUCCAAACUUCCCUAUAGACAUCAGUAACCCAUGCAGAGUGCUAAUUUGGAAUAACACUAUGGAAAAAGUGGGCCGUCUUGGGCCUGUAACUCCCGGGCUGAAAAGUGGCCCCACUCCGGCCCUGGCAAUGAGUUUGCAACCUUUUAACGGAACAGCAGCACCACCACCACAACAACAACACAAUCAGGUAAACCAUACAGUUAGUAAAUCGUGUAAGGGUAAUGUUUACCUUUUUAAAUCCAGUCAAAAAUAUGUUUGACAUUUGGUUUUAAUAAGUGCAAACUUAUACUAUGAAUGUCUUACUGUUUAGUAAAACAAAGUACAGACCCACACAUAAACAACAGAUCAGUCUGGCAAUAUGGACACCAGGAUUUGGAAAAUAACAACUACACAACAAAGCAUAGAUCAUACUUAAUAACUUUAUUUCUUGCAGCAUUUAAAAGGCCAAUGUCAAUGUCAAUGACAAUAGCUCAAGUUUUUGAUACCAGUCUUGCCGCUGAUACUGAAGAGAGGAGAACUCUUUUAAAUAAAAUUCAACCAAUGAUUGACCAAUGUUACAAAACUGUUCCUGACUACAUUCCUGGGUCUGCAAAAGUCAAUAAUUUCAGGUCUGGUAGCAUUAUAGUAGACUACACAAUUAAUGCAACAUCUAGCAGCCCCGAUUUUACAUCUGCAAACAUACAGCUUGCCAACAGUCUAAAGCAGGCAGGACUCCCUGUGGAUCCCACUUUAUUCGCUGAAAGUGUGCCAGCACUCCUCUUCAACACCACAAAUAAAAUAUAUCCAAUGCAAAGGCUGGAUCUGAGAUGUAUACACCCAGCAUCUGUUGCGGGAGCAAUAACAUGGACCGUGAAUAAGAUUGAUCCUACACUAGAUCCUAUGAGAUAUUCAAUUAUUGAAAGUAACACAAGUAGCACUCUCACUGUGAAGAAUGCAAGUGAAUUUGACAGUGGUAGAUACUCAUGUGUCAUAAAAAGGAACAAUAUAUCUUAUAUUCAAUGGCAAGACAUUGUUAUUGAACAACGUCCAAAGAUUGAAGUUGACGCUGAUCGAGUAUUUGAGUGCAAGGAUCAGACUGUCCCAAUUAAAUGUUGUGCUGCGCUCUACAGUAUUGAGUGGGACCGGAUUCCUGAUGGUGAUCAACUGGAAAAUUCAGAAACUAACUGCAUCAUAUUACAACAUAAACUCCUGAAAAUAAAUUGUGGGAGUGUGGAAACCUUUACAUGUCAACUCAAAGACCUGAAAGAGCUACAAGGUUACAGUUACAGCAGGAAAAGCGUCACCAUUAAAACAAGUGACAAAAAAUUUGACUGUACAAGUGAAACACUUGGAAUUGGACAAAUAGGUGAUAAAGUAAAUGGACCGUGUGAAAAUGGCAGGAUAGGCUUCAUAACUUAUCAAUGUCAGUUAGAUGGCUGGAGGAAGAUACAGAUCGAAUGUGUACUUCCUAUUCUUGCAUCCCUUCAAAGUGAAGUUCAGGUCUUGACUGAGGAAAAAAUUCCAGGGUUUCUGAAAAGCCUCAGUGAUGCCACUGUGAAGAACAGCAUCGAGAUAUCACAGUCUGCCUCGGAUGUCAAAGCAAUUGUUGAUAUGCUCCAUCAAUUAACAAUCAUCUCAACAAACAUGACCAUUGAUAAGACUGUGAUGAACACAUAUCUUAAAACAGUGGAUGUUAUUGUAUCAGAUCAAACUAAUAACAUAUGGGGAGAAUUAAACAAUGGCAACACAACAUCAAAUACCAGCACUGUACUUUUGCUUGCCAUUGAAGUAACAAGCAAUCGUCUGUCAGAUGUGAAUUUUACUUUAAAUGAAUCCUCCAUUCAGCUGGAAAGAACCUUAAUUCGCAACUCAUUCAAUUUAACUUCACAACAGCCAAACUCAAAUACCCAGAUCAUGUUUUCAGACGUUCCUGAACCGACCUUCGUAACUCUUAUAAUCUUCUCAAAUCUUGACAAUGUUCUACCAACUCGUAAUACUUCUAAAAAUGACACCGGUACAUUCGAAAACCGGAUUAAUGGAGACGUGGUUGUGAUAAAGGUUAACCAAACAGUUAAUAAUAUUUCUCUUACUUUUGACAUUACGAAUGAGCUACUGGGAAAUCCUCAGUGUGUCUUUUGGAACUUUGAUCUGGACCGAUGGGAUUCUGAUGGAUGUAAAGUCAAGCACUCAGAGAAUGGCAAAGUUACAUGUGAAUGUAACCACACAACGUCUUUUUCAAUCCUCAUGUCAAAGAAUUUUAUGGAUGAUAAAGCAUUGUCCUAUAUCACAUACUUUGGUGUAGCCAUUUCAAUGGCCAGCUUGGUUUUAUGUCUCAUUAUUGAGAUAAUCGUAUGGAAGUCAGUGACAGGAAAUGACACGGUGUACAUGCGUCACGUCUUUGUAGUUAACAUCUCUGUGUCAUUGCUGAUCGCAGACAUCUGCUUUAUCAUUGGAGCUGCAAUUGCUAAACCAGGAGAGUCUACACCGGUGAAUCCCUGCAGUGCAGCGGUUUUCUUCAUUCACUUUUUUUACCUGGCUCUUUUCUUCUGGAUGUUAACUUCAGCCCUUUUCCUCCUUUACCGCACUGCCAUGGUCUUUUCUCAGAUGUCAAGGGCUAAAAUGAUGGUCAUUGCCUUCAUGGUUGGUUAUUGUGCACCUUUGCUCAUAGCGGUUAUUACUGUCGCAUCCACAGCUGGAGCUGGUAGAUAUAUUUGGAAGAAAGAUGUAUGUUGGCUGAACUGGUCUGAAUCUAAGGCCCUGCUGGCAUUUGUGAUUCCAGCUCUGACCAUUGUUGCCUUUAACCUCAUGGUUUCGAUUGUGGUUUUAUUUAAAAUAGUUAGGAGAAAUGUCAAUUCUGCAACUCAAAAAGAUGAGAAACACAACCUUGUUGUCAUUUUCCGAUGUCUGGCCUUUCUGACUCCUAUUUUUGGCCUAACAUGGGGAUUUGGAGUGGGAACCAUGGUGUCAGAUGUGUAUGGCCUUCAUGUGGUGUUUGCCAUCCUCAAUUCAUUUCAGGGCUUCUUUGUUUUAGUGUUUGGAACACUUCGGGACAGCAAGGUCCAACAGUCUCUGGCAGGAAAGUUGAGGCUAAAACUUAGUUCUGACCCACCAAGAGAACUACUUCUACAGGGCCAUCGUCUACAGUCAAACUCGGUUGCUUAGGAAGGAUGCGGCGUAUACCCAAGUAAAAAAUGUUUAAACCUGUGUCGGAAUAUAUUUCAAAGAUUAUUGUAACGUGGUUGAAAGAAAGUGCAGGAGAGCAGAAUCCAUGUGCAAAAAGAGGUUUAUUAAGUAAAUCCCAAAAAGGCCCAGCAAACACAUCCAAAGGGGCAAUCCAAAACGUAAUCCAAUAUCAGGCAAUAGGUCAGGGCAGGCAGCAAGACAAACAAUAUCCAGAAAACAGGCACAGGUCAAACAGGAACAGAAUGGUUAAACAUUGACUGCGUUUACAUGCAGCCAAUAACCCGUUCAAAUCCGGAAUAUUAGCAAUAACCCGGUCGCGCACGU